UGUACAAGGAAGGGAAUCCAGAAUAAACUGUGAUCCACCUGUCAGAAUAAACACGUUAUUGUGGUAUAUUUUUCAUUAAAACAUUGUAAUGAGGAAGGUCGUGGUUUUCAACACAGUGACACUGUCCGCAAUUCUUUGAAAGCGACAACUUUGUCAAUACAUGAAACUCGGGGGUCUUUGGCAUGUAUAUAACCGUAGAAAUCGUAGUCACAUUUUAUAACUUCCACCUUUUGAGCAAUGGAUAGACAGGGUGAAAGCUCAAUGGAAAGUCUGGUUUCUAACUCUACGGAGGACCCACCGUACAAGUUCGACGACUACGCCCAGAGAGUGAUAGUUGCCACACUGAUCCUGAUGAUAUCAAUAUUGGGAAUCAUCGGCAACUCACAUGUGAUCCUGGCUGUGCUUCUGUCCAAAAAGCUCCGUACUGUCACCAAUGCAUUUGUGGUGAACCUGUGCGUGGCGGACCUGCUGACCUGCCUUGUCAUCCCGUGGCAUUCGGUAGCUUUACUCAGUCGAAACCAGCUGCCGGUCCUUGGUGUGAUAUGUGGCGGCGUUGCCGUCGUCAUUUUCGCAACCGUUGGUUGCAGCAUCUACACACUGGCUUCCAUCGGCCUGAACCGCUUGCUGCUGAUCAAACGGCCUAGAACCACCUACCCCAAGGUGUUCACACCCAAGAAGACAACAGUCUUGCUGGUACUCACUUGGCUUAUCCCUCUCGUCUUUAUCCUUUCGCCGUUGCUUCUUGGUUUGGGUAGCGUUGGGUACAACUCUCAGCUGCAUUUCUGCGGUCCAGACCGUUGGCAUAAACAUCACCGCAUAUUUGAUGUCAUUAUAGCCGUUGCCUUGUACCCUGUUCCUUUCACCACCAUCACCGUGUGCUACAUUCUCAUCUGGAUGCACCUGCGGGGGCAUGUCCGCAGGAUGGUCAGCAUUCCAAUGGAAACUGGAGAUUACACCGACGUGGAUGGCUCCGUGGCGCCAAGAUCACCAGCCGCCAUUAGAAGCCAUCAGCCGGUUAACCCUCCGCAGAUAAGCCGCCGCCAACAAGAGAUCACCAAGAACAUGUUCUACAUCGUAUGUGCCUUCAUGCUUUGCCUUACUCCAUAUACAAUAUGCCUCUUCUUGACUGACAGCGACGCACUCAAGCCGUACGCUGCAGCUCUCGUUUUGUUCAACAGUUGCAUCAACCCCUUGAUCUAUGCGACCAAGCACCGCGACUUCAAGGCCGUCUUCCACUGCAUCGUGCGUCGCCAGUGGGACAACAUCCCAGAGCCUUCAGAUUGUCUGAAGGCAGUGAGACGAGGCAUUUGUGGAAGAGGCAGUCGCUCUGCAUAGGCUAAGACAUUUUCAAUUGCUAAAAUCAUAAAGUUCAGUCACAUUUUAAAGGUAUUUUUCUUUAAUUACCCAAGCAGACUUUUGAUUUUAACGACGGGAAAGUUUGGAAGCUGUGAACCUAAGUGGGAGAACAUCAGGUGAACACCAGCGAUGAACAUAAUCAUGUCAACCUUGGCAUAUAUUAUUGCAUAUAAAUUCAAAUUUCGUUUAAAGUUGGACAUUUACACUGUUUAAAACAUCCCCCCCCCCCCCAAUCGACUGUGUUGUCUGGACAGCAUUCGACGCACGGGGACGCUAUUCAUAUAGAACAACAAUAUUGUGUACACGUCUUGUGAUUUUUUUCCCG